ACGCUGCACGCUGCGCAACUGCCCUGCCCGGUUCCUGCCUGCAUAAUUAGUAAGCAGGAAGUGUAUUUAAAAAACAAGUCCUAAGCAGUCACGUCGGGGAAACUUAAGAUUGUUGUGGAAGCAGAAACGUCGAGAUCUUUUUUGUUUCGUUUUAAAAUAGCACAGUGACUUACAAGAAGCAUUCUAAAAGGGUCUGUGCUGGUAUAUAUAUAUUUUUCGCCUGGUCGUCUGACAGGCACUCUGUGUACGUCUGAAGAAGUCUGAGUCACAGUAGUACAUUACAAAGAUGUCCGACAUUGGGGACUGGUUUAAGAACAUCCCAUUUAUCACCAGAUACUGGUUUGCAGGAUCAAUCCUGGUGCCUCUGAUUGGAAAAUUAGGUCUCAUCAGUCCUGUGUACCUGGUUCUGUGGCCGGAUGCCUUUAUUUACAAAUUUCAGAUAUGGAGACCGAUAUCAUCAACGCUGUAUUUCCCGGUAGGCCCAGGGACUGGAUUUCUAUACUUGGUUAAUCUUUAUUUCCUCUAUCAAUAUUCAACAAGACUGGAAACAGGUGUCUUUGCUGGAAGACCAGCGGAUUUUAUAUUUAUGCUGCUCUUCAAUUGGAUUUGCAUUGUUAUAACAGGCCUAAUAAUGGACAUGCAGCUAUUGAUGAUUCCCCUUAUAAUGUCAGUGCUGUACGUAUGGGCUCAGUUGAACAGAGACAUGAUUGUAUCUUUUUGGUUCGGCACUAGAUUUAAGGCUUGCUACCUUCCUUGGGUGAUUCUCGGUUUCAACUACAUUAUUGGAGGAUCGAUUGUCAACGAGCUUAUUGGAAACCUUGUUGGACAUUUGUAUUUCUUCUUGAUGUUCAAGUACCCCAUGGACUUGGGAGGGAGGACCCUUCUCUCAACCCCGCAGUUUCUGUACCGCUUCUUCCCCAGCCAGAGAGGUGGAGUAUCUGGGUUCGGAGUCCCCCCACCUAGCAGGAGACAUGCAGCCGAUGAGCAGGCUGGGGCGAGGGGUGGCCGACAUAACUGGGGCCAGGGAUUCCGACUAGGGGACGACUGAGGAAACCUCCCAUUACAAGCAAAGACUUUAACUACUGUGCAAAUGGACAUUAUUCAGAACACUGUGUGGUUUUGAACAAGUUGUAUCUAGCAUUCUGGGAUAAACGCAAGGUGCAGCAAUGUGUCGAGUAUUGAUGUCAGAGCAGCAGAAAAGCACCAUAUUACAUCACGCUAUGCAUUUACAUACAGUGUCAAGCUAACACAAACAAAUUAAGGUUAUACACAGAAAUGUAGAGGUAAAUAUUUCCUGACAGUAGUUUGUUUGAAAGGUGUUUUCUGUGGAAAGACUUAUGCUUGCCUUUUACUGUAUGUUUUCAGUGCAUUUUUUUUUUUAUUUAGUUUUUGCUACUUUUGCUCCAGACGCAUUGUGUAAUGUUUUUGCUUGUUUGAUAUGUGUAGCUUGGUAGCUAUUAAUUUAGCUACAUCAAAUGGUAGAUGGAGAUGAAAAUGUACAAAUUAAACAAAAAUGCAUCUUUUUUUUAAAAUACUGUAUGAAAUUAUACUAUAGGCUGUUUUUUGCAUGAUCUAUAUAUGAUCUUCCAAACAAUAUUGUGAUUUAAAAAGGAAGUAUCUGCUUUAAAUGAUAGUGUUGCACUGGUACAGGAUGCUUCACAACGACUGUUAAAACAAAGCCUAUAGACUGGUAGACAUUCACAGAUUCAAAUAUUUCCUAGUUACCAUAAAUACAAGAGAACUGAAAAUGGUCUGUCUGUGGUUAUGAAUGAUGGAAUUGUAUUAUGUGUUUGUACUGCUGUUCUAAUACCAGUCUAAACUCUGUAAGAGGUGGGAGAAUGUGACAUCUUUACGGUGCAUCCAGCAGAGUCUUUUCAGUUCAUAACUUGCUACUGCUUAGAUAAUUGAUUCUAACCCCCCAGGUAAAGACUGGGUGUAGGACUGUUGGCCCUCCCUGUAGUAUUUCAAUCUGUUGGUAGACAACAUAUCAAAGUGCUGUUUUAUGGUAAACUGUCACUAUGGGUAUAAAAUGUAUGGAUACUAUUGUGUCCCAUUACCAACUAAAUACAGUGUUCUUAAUGAUGGAAAUGCUUGUCUGACACUUUUUUUUUUUUUUUAAUUUGCAGAAAAUAUUUUUUAAUGAAUAUGAAAUUGUGAGAUAACAAGUUUUCCAGCCUGUUUUAUUACACAAUAUGUUGUUAACAGGUUGGCAAUUAAUAACUCCAGACAUCAAUUUUACAGUAGAUAAAUCAAUGCAACACCAGAAAUUGCUCAAAAUUGAUGACUUUAAACAAUGGAAAAUAUCUGUUAAGGUAUAAAGUUUAGUUAUGUUGUAUUUUUAAGACAAUAUAAACUAAUAUUAUUUAUAAUUUUAUUGAAAAAGUUGCGAUUUCCACAUGGGGUUCAACAAAAGUAUUGAUUUGCCUUUAGUAUAUUGUUCAGGAAUAUGUGCAAAAAUAAGGCUUUUUUCCCUGUCAUACUGAGAAAUAGUUUCACCUCAAAGCAGUGAUUAUGAGUACCUCUUUGUCUUUAUGACACAUCUAUCUGUAUAGCUAAUCUUUUUCUUCAGUGCCAGUUUUACAAAAAUUACAAUAAGAAAAACUGAUACACUAUCAUGUUAACAGCAGACGCCCUUUGACUCCAGCCAUUGUUUCCCAACGGGUAUUUAUUGUCACAAAUAAAAAACAGUGGAAUGAGGUCUAAAUUGGAGCUGGUUUAAGGGUCUCACUAUAAAAUCCAGUGCUGUUUAGAUCAUUAAAAUAGACCCCGCUGACUUGUAUAAUGACAAGAUUGACAGAGAUGUUUUUCAUUGGUGUUGCGGUUAUGUUUCAGUCAUUACCACCAUCAAUCAGGGAUAGCAAGUCACAUGAAAACAUGCAUCCCCAUCACUAUGAUGUAUCAUUUGCAUUCAUACAGUAUAUGGGAUAGGUGUAAGUUUUAUAAGCUAAGAUCUAUUAAAAGUUUUUGCAAAA